AUGAUAAUUAUAUAUUGGACAAUCUUUUUGUUUUACGCCAAUUUUGGUUGUGCACUUAACAAGGAUGUAAUCCAACCAGACCCUGUGAUAGUUACACACCUGGGACAAAUUGUAUCUCUCACUUGCUUUUGUCGAUCUCAUUUGAUCAGAGUCUCUUGGUACAAGCAAACUGUUGGACAGAAGCCUCUUCUCAUGGCUUCAUCAUAUUAUGGGACUGAAAAUAGUUUUUAUUUCAACAACUUUAACAAAGACUUUACUGAGACUAAACGUUUGAGUGUGAAGAGAGGAUUUGACAGCUGUAACCUGACCAUCUCCAAGACAGAGUCAGGGGACUCAGCUACAUACUACUGUGUUGCUAUGGUAGUGAGCGAAGUCACAUUUGGAGAAGGAACUGUUUUAAUUGUCAAAGAUUCAGGGUCCAACAGCAUGUCUGUGCUCCAACAGCCUGUGUCUGAGUCAGUCCAGCCAGGAGACUCUGUGACUCUGAAUUGUACAAUAAACACGGAGACCUGUGCAGGAGAACACAGUGUCUAUUGGUUCAGACAUGGCUCAGGAGAUUCCCAUCCAGGAAUCAUUUACACCCAUGGAGACAGGAGGGAUCAGUGUGAGAAGAGCCCUGAGGCUGGUUCUCAUACACAGAGCUGUGUCUACAACCUCCCCAAGAGGAACCUCGGCCUCUCUGAUGCUGGGACGUACUACUGUGCUGUGGCCUCCUGUGGGGAGAUACUGUUCGGGAACGGGACCAAGCUGGACAUCGAAGAUGGUUGUAAGGAGGACCAGGUUCUCUUGGUGUACUGUCUGGGUGUAGCGUUGGGUCUUUGUGUCAUCUUCAUCAUUGUCCUUUGUCCAGUCAAUGUAUAUUUGUAA